AUGGCCACCACCACCGCCGCGGACAUACCCCUGCUGGUGAGAUCGGAGAAUUCUGCCUCAGAACGACGCGUUACCCCGUCAUGGUCCAUCGCCACGCUCAAAGCCCGCCUCGAACCCAUCACCGGCGUGCCUGCCGAAUGCCAGAGGCUCAGCCUCAAGGUCGGGUCGCAGCCGCCGCAACCCAUCGCCGCCCAAGAUGAGGAAGCCACGCAAAUAGGGGUAUUUCCCCUUCAAGCCUAUGCAGAGCUGCAGGUCGUCGACACCCGCCCGCCCGGCGCCCGGACCAACUACACAGACGUCUCAUCGGUGCAAAAGUACGAAAUGAGCUCGUCCGAGUACGAGAAUAGGUCCGACAGCGUGCUUGCCUGGAAGAAGGCCAACAAGCUGGGCCGCUUCGACCCAAACGCCCCCAGCAUCGAGCAGCAGAAAGUCGAUGCGUCCUAUCGUGAGGUCAGCGACCGUGGCAUCAAACAGGGCGUGAGGUGUCGUUUGCUCCCAGAGUCAGACCAUCGUCGCGGAACCGUUCAGUUCGUUGGCGAUGUACCAGAAAUCCCAGGCGGGAUCGGGGCUUGGGUCGGAGUCGCCUUGGACGAACCUACAGGGAAGAACGAUGGCAGCAUCAAGUCUACCCGCUAUUUCGAGUGUCAGCCAAACUUUGGUGUAUUCGUUCGACCAGAGCGUCUGGAGGUUGGCGAUUAUCCGGUGCUGGAUGAGUUUGCAGAGGAUGAGGAUGAGUUUUGA